AAUAUAAAACAUUGCAUUGAGGUUGACUAUGAAGAAGAUUUUCAUAAAUGCAAAGUCAGUUGUUCCUCUUAGCUUGAAUUGUGUCUAUUUUCGAACAAACUGAAAGUUGGUAUUAUGUGCAUUUCCCAAGUGACAGAUCUUAUCUACCAAAGCAGAACAAUUCAUACCUUGUUUGUAUAUGGAUAUUUAACAUUCUUUUUUACCUGUUGGCGAUGACAGUGCAAACACAGCAGGGAAAGUCAAAAUUUACCCUGGAUAAACCAAGCUAGUCCCAGGUGGACAAGAAUCGAACCAGGAAAUAUGGCCUUAGUUAUGAAAAAAAGUAUUGCACACAAAGAGAGCAGCAGAAAAUAACACCCGAGUCGUGGUAAAGAGAAUUUAUCAUUAGGGACAAUUGUUGUAUAGUUGAUUAUACACCUUUGUUUUGUAAGCAAAUACAAGCAACACGCCGUCCUACACAUGAGGCUACCGAGAUUCUAUCAACAGAAAAUCAAUGCAUCGACACAAAACGUUGUCAUGAUUUUGUAGACUCGCGACAGUAGGAAUCAUGGAACUUCCAAUUUAGAGGUCUGGAUUAGAGUGAAAUUCAAAACUUAAAAAAAAUGAGUUUAAUGUGUGGAUUUGCUGGAAAAAUUGACCAAAAUGUAACCGAAAUAGCAAAUUGUUCCAUGAAUUGUUCUACAUUAAACUGGAUGAAUAGUACUUCCACAAUGAGUUGGAUUAGUACAAAGAAUGUGAUAAAUUCUGGGAUGAUGUUUGCCAGUGGUUUCUUUGGGAAUCUGUUAGCUUUAAUUGUGUUGCUGAAGUCCAGUAAGGAGCAGAGAAGGACGAUAUUUUACCGCCUGGUCGCCGGACUGACCAUUACGGAUUUGAUAGGGACCACUUUGGUCUCGCCUGUCGUUAUAACGGUAUAUGUGAAGAAAAUGUGGAUAGGCGGCGACUACUUAUGUACGUAUUUUGGAUUUAUGAUGAUAAUGGCAGGAUUUUCAACCAUGACAAUCGUAUGUGCUAUGUCUAUAGAACGGAUAUUGUGCAUAAGACAUCCUUACAUAUAUUAUACUCGACUAUCGAAAAAACAUGCCACUUUUAUUUUAGUCGGGUGUUGGGUGAUAUCGGCAAUCAUAGCUUCAUUGCCUCUUUUGGGAUUUGGAGAAUUUGUUAGAAAAUACCCCGGAACAUGGUGUUAUUUUGACUACUACUCCAAAGAGCCAGUUCACAUAGCAUUUAACUACUUUAUCAGUAUUUUAGCCAUGAGUAUUAUUAUUGUCACAAUGGGGUGCAAUUUGACUGUCAUUUACACAAUUCUGAAAAGCAGACAAAAACAGGGAAUUCUACGGAAGGAGGAUGGUACAUCGCGGUCCAUUCAUGGCGCCAGCAAGCGUUACGCAGAAUGUCAGAUGCUCAUACUGUUGGUAGGGAUAACUGUUGUCUUCAGUGCCUGCUACGCCCCGCUUUACGUUAGAAUUAUAAUGAACCAAACAGGCCUUGUCUGUAAUACCAUCCUGGAUUUACAACUGAUCCGCCUCGCCUCAUUUAAUCAAAUCCUAGAUCCUUGGGUUUACAUACUCCUCAGGCGAGAACUUCUAUGGAAAAUAAUAUCUGGUGUGAAAUAUAUUUUUAAUCGGGACCAGUCUGACAUGAAUACCUUAAAACAGAAAUCAUUUGAUGUAGACAGUGCCAACUGCUGUUUGUUUUGCUUUCACUGUUUGUGUGACCCGCCUGUGGUCCGUCAACGAUCAGGAUCCGUUUUUUCUCAAGACAGCCAAUACAUCCGUACAUGCCCAGGAAGGAAUACCCUAAAUGCUUCUAGUGUUUCUAACCUGAAAAGCACCUCAUUGACCUCUUUAAAUGGACGUCAGUCAGCCCCACUGCGGGUCUGCUCAGCGAAUGACGUGCAUAUGUUACUGCUCAAUAAUACAGUGAGAAAGCACGCAGCGUCCAGGAGUACUAACACACGGUUUGUGGAUGACAUUGAAAACGAUUAACAUUAAUGUAAAUUCUUAUACACCGUUAAUGUCUCAACUAACUGUCAUGUACAAUCAAUUUUUACAUUGCUUUUUACUUUAUGUUUAUUACUACAUAUAUGUAUGUAUUUUAAAUGUACGUUUUCUAAAGACAUUUUUUACAUUCCAGACAGUAAA